UUUGUUCUUCCUCAUUCCCAAGUUAUUGUAGAAUCCCAAGAAUUAUGGUUUCUCAAGAGUCAACAAAGCAUCCUCUUGUCUUCGCUUAUUAUGUGACUGGCCAUGGGUUUGGCCAUGCCACCCGUGUUGUUGAGGUUGCUCGACAUCUCAUCCUGGCUGGACACGAUGUUCACGUGGUCACUGGUGCACCAGAUUAUGUUUUCACAACUGAAAUACAGACUCCUCGUCUUUUCAUCCGCAAGGUGCUCUUAGACUGUGGAGCAAUUCAAGCCGAUGCAUUGACAGUUGAUCGCCUUGCUUCUCUGGAGAAGUAUUCUGAGACUGCUGUAGUUCCCCGUGAUUCUAUUUUGGCAAAGGAAGUGGAGUGGCUGAAAGCCAUCAAGGCGGAUUUAGUGGUCUCAGAUGUUGUUCCAGUUGCUUGUCGAGCAGCAGCUGAUGCUGGAAUUCGCUCUGUUUGUGUCACCAAUUUCAGUUGGGACUUCAUCUACGCAGAAUAUGUAAUGGUCGCUGGAUAUCAUAAGCGUUCAAUAGUGUGGCAGAUUGCAGAGGAUUACUCUCAUUGUGAAUUUCUUAUCCGCCUCCCUGGAUACUGCCCAAUGCCAGCAUUUCGGGAUUCAAUUGAUGUUCCUUUGGUAGUGAGGAGAUUGCACAAGUCCCGUGAGGAGGUGAGGAAAGAACUUGGAAUUGGAGAGGAUGUGAAAGUUGUUAUUCUCAACUUUGGCGGACAGCCGUCCGGCUGGACAUUAAAGGAAGAGUACCUGCCUCCUGGUUGGCUUUGUCUGGUUUGUGGUUCUUCUGAUAGUCAGAACCUUCCUCCAAAUUUUGUAAAGCUAGCAAAAGACGUGUAUACUCCUGAUCUGAUUGCUGCAUCUGAUUGCAUGCUUGGAAAAAUUGGAUAUGGAACGGUUAGUGAGGCCUUGGCAUACAAGGUACCAUUUGUCUUUGUGCGUAGGGACUACUUCAAUGAAGAACCAUUUCUGAGAAACAUGCUUGAGUUCUAUCAAGGUGGUGUUGAGAUGAUUAGGCGGGAUUUACUCACUGGACACUGGAGUCCAUAUCUUGAACGUGCAGUUAGUCUGAAACCAUGCUACGAGUUGGGCACUAAUGGUGGAGAGGUUGCAGCUCAUAUAUUGAUGGAUACAGCCUCUGGAAAAAACUAUACAUCAGAUAAGCUUAGUGGGGCAAGGAGAUUGCGUGAUGCCAUCAUUCUUGGGUAUGAAUUGCAAAGAGUGCCUGGAAAAGAUCUCUGCAUUCCUGAAUGGUAUACAAAUGCUGAAAAUGAACUUGGUCUUCGUACAGGAUCACCUACUGCUGAAAUGAGCGACGAUAGUUUUGCCAUGCCUUCAUAUCCUGAAGACUUUGAGAUUCUUCAUGGAGAACUUUUGGGGCUACCUGAUACUGCGAAUUUCUUGAAGAGCUUGUCAGAAUUGGAGGUUGUUUUCGAUUAUGGAAAGAAUCCAGAGAAGCGCCAGAUGAGGGAGCGAAAAGCUGCUGCUAAUCUCUUUAAUUGGGAGGAAGACAUUUUUGUGGCAAGAGCACCUGGAAGGUUGGAUGUUAUGGGUGGAAUUGCCGAUUACUCUGGAAGUCUUGUAUUGCAGAUGCCAAUUAGAGAAGCUUGCCAUGUUGCUUUGCAAAAGAUUGAUCCAACAAAACAGAGACUGUGGAAGCAUGCUCAGGCUCGACAAAGUUCUAAGGGACCAGAGCAAAAAGCAGUUCUUCAAAUUGUAUCAUAUGGGUCAGAAUUGAGUAAUCGUGGGCCAACCUUUGAUAUGGAUCUAUCAGAUUUCAUGGAUGGUGAGCAACCGUUGUCAUAUGAAAAGGCCAGAAAUUACUUUGACCGAGAUCCAUCCCAAAGAUGGGCUGCUUAUGUUGCAGGAACAAUUCUGGUUCUGAUGAAAGAACUAGGCAUCCGCUUUGAGGAUAGUAUUAGUGUUCUGGUUUCUUCUGCUGUGCCGGAAGGAAAGGGUGUUUCUUCUUCAGCAGCUGUGGAAGUAGCCACUAUGUCUGCGAUAGCUGCUGCUCAUGGACUAAAUAUCAGCCCAAGAGAGCUUGCUUUGCUAUGUCAAAUGGUGGAGAAUCGUAUAGUUGGAGCUCCAUGUGGUGUGAUGGACCAAAUGACUUCUGCAUGUGGUGAAGCUAAUAAACUUCUUGCUAUGGUUUGUCAGCCUGCUGAAGUAUUGGGUCUGGUGGACAUUCCUAAUCAUAUAAGAUUUUGGGGAAUCGAUUCAGGGAUCCGACACAGUGUUGGUGGUGGAGAUUAUGGGUCUGUGAGGAUUGGAGCCUUCAUGGGUCGGAAGAUUGUUAAGUCCAUGGCAUCUGAAAAGUUAUCCUACUCAUUGUCCACUAAUGGGAUGAUUGCUGAUGAGUUGGAAGAGGAUGCUGUUGAACUACUUGAAACCGAAGCUUCCUUGGAUUAUUUGUGCAACUUGUCACCCCACAGAUAUGAAGCUCUUUACACAAAGCAGCUUCCUGAAGCAAUGCUUGGUGAGACAUUCUUGGAGAAAUAUGCUGACCACAAUGAUCCAGUCACUGUAAUAGAUAAAAAGCGAAAUUAUGGAGUGAAAGCAGCUGCCAGACAUCCUAUAUAUGAGAAUUUCCGCGUCCAGGCUUUCAAAGCAUUACUAACAUCCGCAUCUUCGGAUGACCAGCUCUCUGCUUUAGGAGAAUUGAUGUAUCAGUGCCACUACAGCUACAGCGCCUGUGGACUUGGCUCGGACGGGACAGACAGGCUUGUUCAGCUAGUGCAAGAAAUGCAGCACAGUAAAAUUUCAAGAUCUGCUGAAGGAACUUUAUAUGGUGCAAAAAUUACUGGUGGAGGAUCGGGUGGAACAGUUUGUGUCAUUGGUAAAAACUGUCUAAGAAGCAGCCAGCAAAUUCUUGAGAUUCAGCAGAGAUACAAAGCUGCCACCGGUUACUUACCGAUACUUUUUGAGGGGUCGUCCCCAGGUGCCGGAAAAUUUGGCCACCUUAAAAUUCGUCGCCGGCUUCAAUCCAAGCAAGAUUGAUGGUUCCAUACAUAGGUAGACAUUAUAAUUGAUGACAUACCAUCUUGACUCUCACCAUUGAAACGUGGUCAAGAAAUAAAAAUAAAUGAGGAUUUUUAAAUCUUCUGUUAUGAAAGUAAAUUCGUAUUUCGGUAUUAGAUAUAGUGGGAACUAAAUGGUAUAGUAAAAUUAUCUUAAAAUAUUUACAUUUGAAAAAGCUUUCAGGAGGAAUGCCAACUAAGCUGCUGAACUAAAGUUCAGUACAUUCUUUUGUAAGGAACUCUCUGAAAAUAUUUACACUAUGAGAACAAAACCAUUAGACGAACAA